AUGGGCUUCCUCGGGAUGGCGUUGCUGGCCUUGUUGGGAUUGUUCCUCUGGCUCCUCUUUUUCUUCAUCGUCCUCGGUUUGUUCUUCGUCAUCGGUCGCUCCGGGGGUUCAGGUACGAGCGUGGUGCCGGCGUCCGGGUCCAAAGUCCUCUGUAUCAAAGCUCUUCAGCAGUCCAAUAUAGCUAACCGAGGCUCCCACUCCAGCCACAACUGCGCAAUCGUCCCAGCCUGCUGCGACAUCACUGGCCCCUUGACGGUCGUCUGGCCCUGUCAACCGACACUUGCAAUGGGUGUGGCGCCGUGGGCUACUAAGCUAAAGCGCCAUCGUGUGGUGGGUCAAACGCCUCGGUGCCUCGGUAUGCCCUCGCACCCACUUCGCAUCCACUUCUGCAACCUCGGCGACCGUCACGAUACCUCGAAGCGACCCAUCUCAGAUCCGCAACGUCAUUUUGGCCGCGGAGAAGUCUUGUUAGUCACCAUCACCGGCUUCGUUACAGGCUGUCGUCCAAAUAAGCUCCUUGAACCUGCAUACGUACAGGCUGCUGUCUAA